UAGAGGAUUAUCAAGUACGAUAUCAGGGUGGAGGGGUUCGGCUCACUGGUUGAAGAUGGAAAUAUAAUAACCUCAACUUGUACACUUCAAUACAUCAAUGAUAUGUCCUCACACUAAUUAAUUCCAUGAAGCAAGAUUCUGUAUCUAAAAACAGGGUUUAAUUGCGCUAUAAAAUAAAUGGAUUUCACUUUCGUCUUGUCUCGAGUAUCCUCUUAUGAAUUGGAAGGCCUUUAAAUAGCUAGCCGUUCCCCACUCUCCUCCAUUGCUCAAUAACACGUUAAUUCAACAGCUUUAAUCGCUGUAUCCUCCUUUCAUUUUGUUUCAGUUCAGGACAGGGAGAUGGCGAGAAUGAGCAUGCCAUCAUUCUAAGGCCUCAAAUGUUACGACACCCCAGUCACAUUCAUCCUCUUUUCGAGUUCCACCUACCCAUUGGGGGUGAAUUCAUAUGCGAUGGUUGCAGGACCUGUGGUUACAAGAAGAGCUACAGGUGCAGCUUUUGCAAUUUUGAUCUUCAUGAAUAUUGCGCCACUUGUCCCAUAAAGCUCCGAUCUGGCUUGCACGUGCAUGAGUUAACACUUGUCAACCUUGUUGGCACCCGCAAGGUGUGUGACAUAUGUGAAGAGCGUGUUGACGGGCUCUUCUAUACAUGUAGCUCUUGUGACUUCAACGUGCAUCCAGUUUGCACACAAAUUCCGACGAAGUUGCAGCACGGCCACCGCCCUAACCAUUCCGUGACACUUCGGCAGCCAAGGAUGUCCAGUUGGUGCGUGGUUUGUUGGGAUGCUUGCACAUCAUGGCGUUACGGGUGUGAUAUUUGCCAAGUGGAUGUGCACUUGGCCUGCGUUUAUGAGCCAUUUUGUUAUGAGCUCGAGACCCCACCUCGAUCUCGGUCCAUGGAGGCAAAUAUGGGUUCACCGCAAUUCGAGGCAUGUCUCGCGAGCCCAUCUUCCUCUCGCUCCACCAGAGCGAACAUGGGCCCACGACUGCUUAUGGGCGGUUUCCCUGGUUUUCCUAUGAUGGUUCCUAACCAAGGGCAAAUGGGCCAUCUUGCCGCCCACAAUGGCAAUCAAGGUCGUAGGAGGAAAAUUGUCUCCGUUGUGGCCAAGUUAGCUGCUAAUGUGCUGCUUGGUUCUGUGAUUGGUGUGACGCCAUUUUCAAUAGAAGACCUUUGGGGAUCUUAGUCCUCAGAUCCUACAUUUCAUGCUCAUGCAAUCUCUUUUUAUAGAUCUGGCAUGGGAAGCGCGCUCACGAAAAGAGCAUCCGCCACGCAGUUCUUCAUUCUCCACACGGCGGACGAAUGGAAUAAACCAAAGUAUUUUACGAGCCUCUUCAUCAAUGGUUAUGAUGGUGUAACAACUUGAUGGUUUUCUCAACCCAAAAGAAAAAAGGUGAAAUCCCAAUAACACAUGUAUUGAUUUUGUAAUGACGGUUAUGAUUUGAGGUCUACUUUGCCUCUUUUUUUUUUCCCAACUCAAGUACAUCUGGUUUGCUGUAAUCAUGUAAGUUUCCAAGAAAUCAAUGGGAUUGCAUUUAUAUUUUCAUUUACCAGGUUUACGUUUGCUUUCAAUUCUUACCAAUGGCCGCUUUGAAUGUUUGGUUUUCCCAUGGCAGAUACCUCGUUCCUCCAGUCAUCCUCCAUUCUUCCUUGAAAGUUUCUCAAGGACUUAUUUUUUUGGGCCUUCUAACCGGAACAAUUCAAACGUUAAUGCGGGAUAAUAAUUUAAAAAGCGGAUCUAUAUAUUAUCAGAUGAGCCAAUACCUCAGUAACCUUCUUGGGGAAUUGGUUAGAUGCUUUUCUUUUUCCUUUUCCUUUUCCUUCCUUCUUUCUUUUCAAGUCUCUGCUGAUUAAUUAACAGACACGCAAAUCAUAGGUAUACAAUCCACACAUCAAACCUGAUAUAUAUUGCCUGAAGAGGAUUAAUCCUCAAUUAAACAUACACAAUGUAACAAGAACCCUUUUAUUUUAAGGCCGGGGGGGUAUUGAUAACAAGGGAAACCAUAGGGAAAUACAUAUUUAACAAAAAAAAAAAAAAA